AUGGCCUUCUACGACUCUUCUUCUGAUCAUGAAGUCGCUCUUCCGAUUAUUCUCGAACCUGAUAAUGAUUCGCUUUUCGAGAUGCAAAUAGAUGAUACGAGGAUGAACACCGAUACAAUGAAGGAAGUGCACCAAGUUAGAGAGGUCAAGAAAGUCAACGAAGUCGCCAAAAAUGCCACGGUACCUAAGCAUCCUAUAAAUUCCAUGCAAGGUGCCUUUGCAGAGUCGAUGGAAGAGGCUGGCGACACAACUCGAACAGCACCCAAAGUCGGCGACGCAGCGACCCGACGAAAGAUCUUAAUCGAACAAGGUCUCUACGAAAAUCCAAAUGCCUUACGAUCACAGAAAAAACUAGGUCAAAAAUAUCAUGAAUUAUGGAAGUUGAUGGCACAGAUAUCCUUUGGGAUUUAUCUACUCCUCAAUGGAAUCGCCAGAGAUGAAGAACAGGUCAUGUCAAUAUUGCAGGGACAUGUGAAUGAGGUAGAUGGAUUCUUAGAGAUGACAUUGGAAGAUUUCGACCUGGCACAAUGUGAUAUUGAGGAGCGAUUGAAGCAUUUGAAACUUCCAUUGCAGAAUAUCACCAUCUUCGAUGCUAUGUUGGAAGAUCGAGCUUUUAGGGCACAAAUCGUCAGUGGCAAUGAACGGAUUGAGCAUGUCAUUACACGUACGGCGGCUGCUAUGAAAGAUACUCUUCUCGAUGCGCAACAAGGAAUGGAUGCUUGUAAGGAGUUUACAAUAUAUUUGGCAGGGCAGAAGGAUAAUCUGGAAUGGCGACAACAACGACCUAAUAUGGAGAGAGUCUUCGAUGCAAUGUGUGGAAAUGUGGAAGGUUGGCAUAAGGCUUAUGUCUCAUUACAGACCAAGGGUAAUCACUUGGGUGUUGCCCUUGUCCAAUUGGGAAGUAUUGUGGCAGAGAUGAAUCGGAGAGCUGGUCAGAUAAGUCGAGAGUCGAGGUUCAGUCUUUCGUCCCAAGUGCAAGCACAAGCCGCCGUACCCGUAUCUCGCAAUCUUCGAGCAUCCAUGAUAAAAGAACUUCCCAGCGAUCCAACCCCUUUCACUCCCGAAAUUUCAACCACCUUACCAGCCUUGGCUUUGGUACAGGACCGAGAACGAACACCUGAGCCCGAGUCAGAGUCGGAGUCAGAGUCGGAGCCAGAAUCCGAGAGUGAAGUUGAGCCUGAACCGUUAUAUACUCUUAAACCGAUCUCGUAUUCGCCGAUCCUUCCUCCAACCACAUAUUCUCCAAUUCUUGCCCCUACAACUUUCUCUACGGUUCUCGCUCCAACAACUUAUUCACCAACACUCGCUCCAACAACUUAUUCUCCACUACUCCCCCCCACAACUUACACCCCAAAUCCAUCUCCAAAACCUUCGCCGAAACCCUCACCUAAGCCUUCGCCCAGAACUUCGCCCAAAACUUCGCCCAAAACUUCUCCAACAAAAGCAACCCGUCAAGGUUCUUUUCUCCAACCCAUUUCGGAAGGCAAAAGAAAACCAUCCCUUCGAAAGCGCUUCUCUUUAAAGCGGAAAGAAACCGACUCAGCAACUUUGAAACCCCCUCUGAAACUGCUUUCUGCUCCAAGAAUUACUUCGGUUGCGGAAUCGGUGAUAGACCCCUACUCAAAGUCCAGUCAGAUGGGUUCUCCCCGGGAUCGAUCGGAGCAGCGCCGCAUUGAGCCUAUGGAUAUAUCGGUUGAUAGGGCAGACCGCAUCAAAGAAAAGCAAAUCAGGGAGGCGCGUAGUCGAGAACGGCUUAGGGAAGAGCAUCGCAGAGAUGAACGUAGUAGAGAGCGAAACAGAGAACAGGGAAGUAAGAGAGUUGAAAAGAGCACAGACCGUGAUAAGGAAGAACGCAACAGAGAAGAACGUAAAGGAUCAGGGCCCUUGAGCAUUCCCCGCCGCCCUGAGCUGGCUACGGAUGCACCCUCAUGCCGUGGAGUUGAUUCGGCGUAUUGUUCCGAAUCGGACCCUCCUCUUGCGAUUCGUUCGAUACAAGAAGCUCUCCCGUCACCAUCAUUUCAAUCUCCUUCUUCAGCAAUCUUAGCACCAAUUUCGACAAGUCGUACACGUGAAAUCACACCCAUCUUCAUAAGAGAUUUCAUCCCUUCCCCCCAUUCCGACAAGCAAUUUUUUCGACCCGUUAAUGCAUCCCCACAUUCACCACUGCAAAGACCCUGGACUGCAGCACCAAUGCACCACCACGAGCGCGUGCCGAGCUCUUUGGGAAGGUCCAUGGCACCGAGUCGGAUGGGAAUGAGCGUAAUGAGCGAUAUGACCACCGUAACGAUGGAAGAUGGAAAGAAAGUCAAGAAGAAGAGAAGUGCAUUUGGAUGGCUGAAGAAAGCAUUCAGUCUCAGCGAAGAAGAAAGAGCUGAAUACGAGGAAAGGAAACGGAGACAAGAUCCCGAUCCAUAUUAUGAAAGGAGACCCCCAAGACAAUUCUUAGAUGGAAAGAGGCUACCUCAAAGGGAAUAA